AUGGCGGUGUGCAGGUUCUACCAGCAGGGUUAUUGCAAGUUCGGCAACAGCUGUCGCUACGAGCACCCUAAUGCCGGUGGCAAUCGCAAUCAGUCCUCGAACCGCUUCGGAGCUUUGGGAGGAACUAACACGGGUGGGAGUGAGAGCGCGUUGACAAAAUACAGCUUAGCCCCCGAUGUGAUCGAGAAAGACUUGACGAUAGAGGCGCCCCAAUGGAUUCUGUCUGCGUAUGCUCCUGGGCGAGACGCUCCAGAACAGCUCUUUGGCGGGUAUCCUCGCGAACAGAGCUUUGAAGAACUCAGACUUCAUUACCUCGUAGGCAAAGCUUCAGGCAAUGAGCAGCAGGCUCUCAACGAAGCACAACAAUUGUACCAAAAUGCAAAGCAGCAAAUGGAAGCCGCGGCGCGAAACCCGAUGGAAGCGGCACGAUUCAUUGUGGAAGCGGAAAACCGGCAUCCCAACAGACACGAUAUAUGUAAAGAGGGAACCCAAGGCACACCAUUUGGCGAGUUUGGAGUGGGAAGAAGGCCCAACGCUACAAAUCCAUUUGGUGCGAACACCGCUACUACAAAUCCGUUCGGCGGGAACCCUGCUACUAUGGCGCCCACGACAGGUGCAUUUGGCCAGCCGUCUGCUCUAGGCCAGCAGUCCAACCCCUUUGGACAACCAUCACAGCCUGCGUUUGGUCAACCAUCUCAGCCCACAUCAGCAUUUGGACAACCAUCGCAAACAACUUCUCCGUUCUCUCAACCAUCACAACCGGCCUCGGCAUUUGGGCAGCCGUCUGCACUUGGGGCCAAGCCUAGUCCAUUUGGUGCCCCUGCUUUUGGCCAACCUUCUCAGCCAAACACACAAUCUAGUCCAUUUGGACAACCUCAGGCGCAAGGAAAUGCAUUUGGCCAGCCGUCUGCGCUUGGACAGAAGCCGAACCCUUUCGGCCCUGCGGCAGGCGCCAGCCCAAGUCCCUUUGGACAACCAUCCGCCCCUGCUGCCAAUCCUUUCGCAUCUCCAGCUCAAAAUACUAGCAGUCCAUUUUCUCAACAGCCUGUUCAGAAUCAGUCACCGUUUGGGGCGCCGGCGAACCAAACCUUUGCGCAGAAUAAUGCGAGCCCGUUUGGGCAACAAUCACAACCACAACAACAGCAACAGCCCACCGCCAAUCCUUUCGCUCAAAAUCAGACAAAUGGCACAUCUUCUCAGGCUAAUCCUUUUUCAGGGGCUCAGCAACCUCCGUCAGCGGGAGCUGGUGUGGGCAGCAACAACCCUUACCCUCCAGGCAGUUCGAAACAGCACCCAAAUAUCGAAAGUUACAGCUCAAGGGCUAUGGAUGGGCGGCUGACCAUGUUCAAAGGGCAGCCAGUAACUUAUGUCGGUGAGGUGCCUGGGAUCCGCGCAUUUGACGGCACAUGGACACGGAUUUGGUUCCCCAAAGGUCCUCCAGGCUACAACAAGGAUACAGAACUGCCCAUUGAACAAUAUAGCGACCAAUUGAAAACCCAAUGGGCUGCUUUUGCUGAGACGGGAGGAUUUGCCGAUGGCUUGAUGCCGGAGCUGCCCCCGCCGCGAGAAUGUACGCAAUGGGAUUUUUAA